AUGCUGCAAUUUUUGUUUCAAUAUACACUCAGCAAUGUGGUUGGGAUAUAUUUGGCCCAGAACUAUGAAAAAUUAAAUUUGGCUGAAAAGCUUAAAGACAUUUUUAAAAAUGCCAAAGCCAAGAAGAAACUUCCAAGUCUUUAA